AGAAGUACUAAACUACUUAAUACAUGUCAAUUUUCUACGCUUACAUAGUUUUGUUUGGAAACAUUUAACACUUUAAGACUUGAUUUAAAUAAAGUAUACUGUACUCAGAUGUCUGUCUACCUCAAGAAACAUUUAACAACCCAGCUCGAGCUAUUGGACGAGUCAAGUUCUCAUCUACAGAGGAGCAUCAAUGAUUUUGUACAGCAGAUUAAGGAAAGCGCUAUGGAAUGUGUAGACAAGACUUCUGGCACCGACAUAACAGUGAAAGAUGCAAUUACUAUGGUAACAUCAGCACAAAGUACACUUGUAGAGCAAAUACAAGCACUAAAUGAAUCCACCAAGCUGUACCCUCCCAGAGAAGGAAAAACAUCAGCAGAAAAUAAACUUUUAAAAUCAAUGCACCUUGGAAAUAGUUCUAAAGAAACGAUGUCAGUUGAAUGUAAUGCCGACACUAUACGAAGAUUAGAAAAACUCGAAUCAGCCGUUAUUUCUCUACAAGACACAAAACAAAAGACUGAAGAUGACAUAUCAGAAUUAAAACAACGGAGAGACAACUCUGUAAAAGAACAAAGUGACGUGGGAAUAAAAAUUGAAAAGUUGUCAAAGAAACAAAAACACGAUUUUAAAAACCUAAGAAAAAAAAAAUGAACAAGAUAAUAAAAUUGAUGAGAUGAGCAAAGAAAUUGAAAAAUUAAAAGAAAAAGAAAAACCAAUAAACAAAGCAGUACAGAAAAUGUCACUAGAUUUUGAAGAACAUGAAAAUAUCUUACGCAAAAUAAACAAAGAGAUGCAAGAAUACAGAGAUAAAGCAGAAAAUUUAACACUAGAAAUUAGGAGCCAUUCCGCUUUGAUAUCUACAAUACAAGAAGAUGGAAAGGAAAAUAAUAUGUAUGUAACAAACGCAUGUGAGAAACUACUGACUAAGCAUGUUGUGAUAUGUAAACUUCUACAACAAAGAUUUAUGUCCUUUGAUAAACUGAUUGAAUCAUAUAAUAAAAGCUUUGAGUCCAGGGAAAGGAAAUCGAUGAAGAUUGAAACUCUGGAAAAAGAAUCUUUAAUGCUGUCACAAGAUUUUCAAAAAAUGGCCAACCAUAUACACGAACAUACUGCACCUGGGUUUAUUGCCUCACAAGGUCACAGGCAACGCAAUGGUUUUUUAAAAUUUCAUGCUGUAAAACGUAACGUAGGAAACCAUUUUAAUCCAAGCACUGGAGAAUUUUCCGUCUCUGUUGAUGGACGGUAUAAAGUAAGUCUUACAAUAAAACAAAUAGGAGAUCGAGCUGUAUCAGCUGAAGUUUGUCACGAUUCUGGUGUUGCGAAGUUCUGUUCUGGUUUUGUUGCGACAAAAGAAAAAUUUGUUGAAGCAUCAACAACAAUUGAUGUUUGUCUGAAACAUGGAGAUGUGUUAUAUUCAUACACUGCCUUUGAUGAUUGUGAAUGUACACAUUUGUCUUGUGUACUUCUUGACGUCUAGCUUCCAAAUAUUAU